AUGGAGGCGGAAGAAAUUGUGACUAAAAUCAACAGAAAAGGUAAGGUGGACCGUUCGCUAACUAGCUAGCAAUGUUAGCUAGCUAACUAACUGAACGUUAUCUAUAUAAAUAGUAACGUCAACUACGCCAUAUCAACUGUAUUUGCUUAAUUAGCUUGUUAUCAUGCCUCGUUAACUUGCAAGCAGCUAGCUAACGUUAUAGUUUCGUUAGUUAUGAUGCCAUUAUAUAGUAUUUGGUUAUGUAAGCUAGCAAACUACUUAACGUUAAAAUUAAAUGUUAUUUGUCACAUGCGCCGAAUUCAACAGGUGUAACUUAGACCUAACCGUGAAAUCCUUACUUACAAACCCUUAACCAACAAUGCAGUUAAAGAAAUAGUUAAGAAAAUAUUUACUAAAUAAACUAAAUGUAUUUUCACCGCUUAAUUUGUUGUAGAAAUGUUUUUUUAAAAAGUUUUUUUGCCUUCAAUCUUCAAAAGCUGUGGAUUUUUGUCCAUCUUCCCCUGAUUCAGAAUAUAUAAUGUUUAUAGUCAUGACAUACUUUGUGUAAGAGCUAUUGGAGAUUGAAUGUUUAAAAACAUUAAGUAAUAUUACAAUAAAAAUUGAUUUUUGACCAUUGACGUUGCUUCUUUCUUUCACAGAAUUGCGCAAGCAGAAGUUGAUGGAGUACUUAGCAGCCAAGGGAAGAUUGAAGCCCCCCAACCCAAAGUAAGAAAUCAGCCUGGCUUGACAGCUACAGUAUCUAUGGCCAGUAUGAAAUAACUAACUGGCAUUAAUGGCAAUAUUUCAGUUUGACAUGACUUAUCCAUAGACUUGUGUAAAUAAUGUCUUAUCACACAUUACGUAUUUCAGACCUUAUCUUCGAGAUGACUUUAAAGCAAAGAGUACCAGCAUGUCUACAGUGAAGGAUGAUGUAAGUAAUCCUCCCUUUUCUCUCCUCCUUGACACUCACUCUCUCGAAGCAAGCUUGGCAGUUUGCACACUAUCAAUUAUAAUUAACUGACAUGUUGAGAAGUAGGCCCACUGUUGAUGCAAAGCAGGAAAGUUCCUAAGUUAGUUAGCUAUAUUAACUGAUGUUGUUUUGUUAUUACAAUUAUAAAAAUAGUCGCACACUAUAUAUAAGCUCCCAGUAAUUUAUUGGGUAAACCACCAACGUUUCGACAUCACUGUGCCGCCUUCAAGGUACAUUUACAUUUAAGUCAUUUAGCAGACGCUCUUAUCCAGAGCGACUUACAAAUUGGUGCAUUCAACUUAGGAUAGCCAGUGGGACAACCACCACUGGGGGGGGGUGUAGAAGGAUUACUGUUAUACUAUUCCAGGUAUUCCUUAAAGAGGUAGGGUUUCAAGUGUCUCCGGAAGGUGGUCAGUGACAAGGUGGUGGGUGGGGGGGAAUACAGAAGAUAGCCCUAUUUGGUAAAAGACCAAGUCCAUAUUAUGGCAAGAACAGCUCAAAUAAGCAAAGAGAAACAGUCCAUCAUUACUUUUAAGACAUGAAGGUCAGUCAAUACGGAACAUUUCAAGAACUUACUAAGUUUCUUCAAUAUCAUGAAUGCGUGAAUCAGGUUAUGUAGACAAUUAGUGCAACCAAUGACAAUAGUGAGGGGUGUGUCAUAGUAACCUGGUUCUAUAUCGUGGAGCUCCACCCCAUAGGGGAGCUCUGCUCCUAGUGGUUUACCCUCUGCCCUAAGGCAGCAACAGCCUGAAGCAAAAUUAUGCACACACCUGCAGCCAAUGGGAGCACAGGUGUCCCUAUAAGAGGGGACGCUUCCCCUCAAUCAGCCUCCCAUUAUCUUCAGCGACUGGACGACUAGACUGAAGAAGCCAAGAAGUAAGAAGACUCAGGAAGAAAUCGCCGUCGAUGAGCCAGCCAUCGACGUCUUCUAAAAUGAGCACGCCAGGAAAUUUUCCACCCCCAAAAGCCCUUUUCAGGGCUCAGUGCCGAUGCUCCUCCAUGGCAUCUGCGGACCCCCACGACCUUUGUUUCGUGUGUUUGGGGCCGCAGCAUGCCAAGGAAGGGACCGGCAAUCCCCCUAAUUGCGCCUCCUGCGCCCUACUUCCUAUGAAGGAGAGGAAGCAGCGUUGGGCGUUUUUUAGGGAGGAUAUCCCCCUAGAGGAUGUACUGUCUCUUCUCGCCUCUGCUUCAGAGGCGUCGACGGACAGUGCUGACUUAGGGGAGGACAAGGAGAGAGACGCAGAGUUGGAUGUUCCAAUGGAACAAUCCGACCCUCUGGCGCCAACCUUCAAGACCCCCUUCCCUAUGGGGAGUGUGAGAUCUGAAGGCUCCUUGUGCGAUGACGACACAGGCUCUGUUACGUCAGCAGCCCUGUCCUUCGCAGCGGCCUCUCUGCGUUCGGACUUCCCCGAACUCAUUGAGAGAGCCGCCAACCGACUAGAGAUAGCGCUGCCCCCUGCUCCCCCCCCCGUGGAGGUCGACAUGAUGGAGGGCGGCCCCUACUCUAGACAGAGGAAGGCAGCUGAGCCGAUGGCUCCUGCUAUGCCUUCCCUCGGGAAAUAUGUCGAGGGCUCGUGGGAUACACCCCUGGCGGCGCGUUCGCCGGCCAAGGUGUACACCCCAUUCACGAGAGUGGCUGGACGUGAGUGGGCUGCUAAGGGAAUCCCUAGGCUCGAGAGCGCCAUGGCAGCGUAUCUAGUGCCGGGUUCGAGUCCCUGGGCGGCCUCCAAGAAAGCCACCUUGCCAGCACAAAAAGACAGACUCACAGCACAGCUGGCUGAGAAGUCUUUUACGCUGGGAGCCCAGGCUGUGUCAGCGGCUAACAACAUUGCCCUCCUCGCGGCCUCCCUAUCCCGUCUAACAACGGGUAGGUCUGAGUUGACCAGCGAGGAGAUUGAAGAGGCGUCCAGGAUUUCUGGCGCUAUUCUUCAUUUGACACAGGCGUCAGCGAUAUGCGCAGGCCGGUCCAUGGCCACCUCGGUGGUCAUGGAACGUCACCUCUGGCUGUCAAUGACAGCCAUGAAGGAGACGGACAGAGCCUCGCUACUAAACGCUCCCGUCUCUAGCGAGGGCCUCUUUGGGGUCGCCGUUAAGGAGGCGACGGAACGCUUUGGUAAGCUGGACGAGGAGAGAAAGCACCUGGCUAAACACCUGCCAUUGGCAGGCAAGUUUAGCAGGGCCUCAACUAACCCGUCAACCUCCAACGCCCCCAGUAGAACUACAGGGAGGCGACGGGCCAGGCGACAGGCGCCUACCACCGACAGCAGGCGAGCGGGCUCGGCCCCUCCAGCGACGACGGUGGUGGCGACGAUUCCGCCGGCGAGAGAGGUCGUCACAAAACCGUCCUGGCAACACCAGAAGGUCAGCCAGAAACGACGGCGUCAAUGACGGGACGAGGGGGAGAGGACGGAUGACGGCUCGGCGCAAGACGCGACAGAGCCCACUGUUCCCCCCCACCCUACUGUUCAGGGCAUGGAGGGAAAUGUUUAUUGUUGUUGUGUGAAUAAAGAGCUGGCUCUCACUGACAUUGUCACAAAAGGGCCUGUCUUCCAUGACACAUUGCAGAGUACUUCACGUCCUAUGAAUUUCUCUCACCAUCUUGAGUGUAGCUUAACCCACCAAGGGUGCGUAGUUGAAUACACUCAGGAGAGGAAGGAGAAAAAGGUAGCAAGGCGUAGCCUUAGCUCACCUAAUAAAUAUAUUUUACUACAGACUCCUAGGAGCUCUGUAGUAAAGGUCUCACAUAGCAGGCAGCUGUCUCAGUCUAAAUAUGACAUGAAGACGCAGCCGCUAACUGGGAAUGACGCCUUGCUUCAGGCUAACGCCUCAGCCAGCGCAGUUCAGACCCGUGCGACGUUCACGGAGGGCCGGAAUACUAGAGUUACAGGUGUAACCAAUGUAUGGGCGCCCCCGGUUAAUUCAGAACGUAACAAUGCCCACUAUGAGUGCAGCUCACCACACCUAGAGUGUGCUGUUGAGCAGCCUCAUGAGACCAGUAAAAAAGAGGUAUUGUGGCGCCACCUUGUGGUACCAGUUAGAGACCACACUUUCCAGACUCUGUUGAGUACUGCAGUGGACGGAUCUCAUGGCAAGCAACAGUCUCAGUCAGACAAUGACAUGAUGACGCAAUUGCUAUCCGGGGAGGGCGCUCUGUCUCAGGUUAAUACCUCAGUCAGUGCAGCUCAAAACCGUGCUGCGUUCACGGAGGGCCGGAAUACUAGAGUUACAGACGUAACUGACGUAUCAAGGCCUCCGAUUCUCUCAGAACGAGCUGAUGUUUCCUCUCCCUUUCGAGGGGGGCCCGCCUUGGGCUAUUCCACCAACCCAGUGCUGGGGAAUAGCGGCGGCGAGGGCCAUAGAGGAAUACAGGUCCUUCCUACUGGAUGCACCACAGCUUCGUGCGCGCCCGCUUUCUCUGCAUUGCUGGCAGUGGCAACGAAGCUGUACCCUCUCACGCUGGCUAGAACAGACGUUGCAGAAGGGUUAUGCCCUCCAAUUCCAUCGAACCCCACCCCCGUUCAGGGGAGUGGUGGAGACGGUGAUGAAAACGCCAGACAAAGUGGCCGCUCUGAUGUCAGAGAUUACGGAACUUUUGGCGAAGGAGGCGGUCACAGUAGUUCCCCGGGAGCAAAGGAACAAAGGGCUAUAUUCGCCUUAUUUCCUAGUGCCCAAAAAGACGGGGGGAGUGAGGCCGAUUUUGGAUUCACGCACUCUCAACGAGAGCAUAACCAAACGACCCUUCCGAAUGCUGACGACAAAACGUCUACUGGAAUGUGUCCAGAAAGGAGACUUUUGUACAAGCAUAGACCUAAAGGACGCGUACUUCCAUGUGCCGAUACAAUCGCGUCACAGGAAGUUUCUGCGGUUCGCCUUUCAAGGGGUGGCGUACGAGUUCACGAGGAUGCCAUUCGGGUACGCCCUGGCACCUCGAACGUUUUCCAAAUGUGUGGAGGCGGCAUUGGAGCCGCUGCGUCGUCAAGGGAUAAGGCUAUUAGCCUACCUAGACGACCUGCUGGUUCUCGCCCCGUCAGCAGAGCUGGCGUUCACUCACACAACACAGACAGUGAUUCAUCUCACGCGUCUGGGGUUUGCUGUGAAUUGGAAAAAGAGCGCACCCUGGCCCAGUCAUCAGAUUGUCUACCUGGGGCUACAGCUAGACACUGUAAUGAUGAGGGCUCGAAUUUCGGACCCUCGAAGGGUAGCAUUGUUGCUAGCCCUGAGGAAGUGUCGUCCGAAUCACACAGUGACGGCGCUGUCGAUCAUGUCACUUUUGGGUCUCAUGUCGUCAGCCCACUCUGUGGUCCCGCUGGGACUUCUGCACAUGCGCAGAAUACAGCGAUGGUUAGCCCAACUAAGACUAGACCCAGUGCGUCAACGUCAUCGGUUGGUGGUGGUUCCUCUCUCGCUAAGAGCAGACCUGGACUAUUGGAGGAAUCCGAGCGUUCUCACGCACGGAGUCCCGAUGGGCAAGGUGUCAUCCUACAUUCCAGUAUUUACAGAUGCUUCACUGACUGGAUGGGGAGGGACAUGUCAGACUCAAGCGAUAGGAGGUGCAUGGCCUCAAUCAGGUCGUCACAUAAACCUCUUGGAGUUGGAAACGGUUCGACUGGUUCUGACCCACUUCGCGCCUACCCUUCGGGGUCGCGAUGUGCUGGUCUGGUCAGACAACCGGACCACAGUAGCUCACAUAAAUCGCCAGGGGGGGGUCAGGUCACCUGCCCUCCACAGGGCGGCAGAGGAAUUGUGGUUGUGGGCUCACAAGCACCUUCGCUCGUUGAGAGCAGCACACAUUCCGGGCUACUUGAACGUAGGAGCAGACCUCAUGUCAAGAGGGGGUCCUCGAGACGACGAGUGGUGUCUGCAUCCGGACAUUGUUCUCCAAAUUUGGGAACAGUUCGGGAGAGCCGUUCGCGUCACGCGUGAACGCGCAAUGUCCCCUAUGGUUUUCUCUGAGGGAACAGGACGAGCCACCACUGGGAAGAGACGCAUUCGCGCACUACCCAUGGCCGAAAGUUCUCCUGUAUGCAUUCCCUCCGCUGUCUUGCAUUCUCCCACUGCUAGCCAGGGUGAGGUCAGAGGGGCUGUCAGUGAUACUGGCUCCGUGGUUUGCGGAGAUGAGUCAGAUGUUGAUUGCGCCACCUUGGCCAAUUCCACAUCGACGGGACGCGUUGACCCAGGCGGGAGGCUCGAUAGGGCAGUGGCCCAUAAUCGGCCAACCACUGAAGGCUUGGUUCCUGAAUGGGACAGGUUGAGGCGCCGUGGGUUAUCUGAUGCAGUGAUCAGAACCAUACAAGGUGCACGAGCCGGUUCCACUUCUAGGAUGUAUACCAGCAGAUGGAACGUUUUUUCACGAUGGUGUGACACACAAGGUGUGGACCCCAUGAACUGUCAGGUUGAGAGUGUGCUCUCUUUUCUGCAGUUUAUGUUUGAUAAGCAGAAAUCGCCCUCCACCAUUAAAGUGUUUGCAGCGGCAAUUUCAGCUGGUCAUGAGGGGUUUGGCGGAACGAACGUGUUCAGCCAUCCUUUAGUGAAACGUUUCUUAUUGGGAACGCGGCGGCUUAGGCCAAUGCCUAGAGCCACGCUGCCCCAGUGGGAUUUAGCCUUGGUACUCGAAGCGCUAUGUAAGUCGCCGUUCGAGCCAUUGAAUCAAAUACCCCUCAAGAUGCUGUAUAUCAAGACGCCGCUGUUGCUCGCCUUGACUACCGCUAAGCGUGUCAGUGAUUUGUGUGCCCUGUCGACGAGACCCGACUGCCUUGCCAUUAAUGGCGAUCUGAACAGAGCGGUGUUACGUCCUAACCCGGCGUUUGUGCCGAAGGUUAUUAACAGUGCAUAUAGAUCACAGACCGUGGAGUUGUGGGCUUUUUCUCCCCCUCCUCAUGGGGAGAGGAGUGAGGAAAAGCUUCAUUGUCUGUGCCCAGUGCGCGCUUUGGCGUGUUACGUUGAGCGCACAGCAGCGAUUAGGUCAUCGCCUCAGCUGUUUGUGUGUCACGGUGCGGCUGCAUUAGGUAGACCACUUUCAAAACAGCGAUUGUCUCAUUGGCUUUGUGAAGGUAUUGAGACCGCUUACGAGGCAGCGGGGCGACAACUGCCUCAGUGUAUCAGAGCUCACUCCACUCGUGGAGUAGCAGCUUCUACUGCCCUCUUCAGAGGAACAGGGGUAGAGGAUAUUUGUAGAGCAGCGUCAUGGUCGACACCGUCUCCAUUUAUCAGUUUCUAUCUAUUAGAUAUGUCUUCUAACUCUGGCUCGAUCUGUACUCAGCGUGGCUGAAGGGAGAUCUUGAGCAAGAAAGAGAGGAAAAAAAGCAGGACUGUGGACAUGGGUGUCCAUCAGGUCCGCUUUGGUCAGGAAGACAUAUUCUGUUUCUAUCUAUGAGAUAUGCCUUCUAACUCUUUGGCUCGAUCUGUACUCAGCGUGGCUGAAAGGAGAUCUUGAGCAAGAAAGAGAGGAAAAAAGCAGGACUGUGGACAUGGGUGUUCAUCAGGUCCGCUUUGGUUAGGAAGACAUAUUCUGGACAGAUGUUUUCUAACUCUUUGGCUCGGUCUGUACUCAGCAAAGCUGAAAGGGGAUUUUGAGCCAGGAAGAGAGGAUAAAGCAGGACUAUGGGCAGGUUCCCAUCAGGUCCGCUUUGGUUAGGAAAACAUGUUUUUUGAUAGAUAGGCUUUCUAUCUCUAUGGCUCGAUUGUACUCAGCAUAGCUGAAGGGGAAUCUUGAGCUAGAAGAGAGAAGAGCAGGACGAUGGACACAGGUUUCUAUCAGGUCCGCUUUGGAUGGAAAGCAUAUCUUGUGGCAUGUCUCUUGACUGACAGGGUCAGUAUAGUAGAGACAUGUAUUGAAUUGACAGAAUGUGAGGUCAUCUAUCUGAGUGUUCAGUUUAGUAUGACUUAUAUUUUGUUCCUGCCUACUAAUCUCUGGGAUUCCAUUGAGUGAGUGAGGUGGUCUACUGUGUACAUAAUGUAGAGUGACACUUGGUGUCAUUCCAUUAGUGGUCGGUAGUGUUUUCACAGGAUAUUGAGGCACAUCUAUCUGCUAGUACAGAUUAGUGUAGCUUCUAUUCUGGUGAUCUGCCCACUAGUCAUUAGCAUUGCCAUUGAACUAGGUGGGGCGGGUCUUUAACCGAUGACGCGGUAUAUUGUGACGCCCGGAGGGGUUUUUAGUUGCAGUACUGCGGGAAUUGGUUGCGGCCAUUGCUAGGCUUGACCUUUUCAUUUUUUAAUGGGAAGUGUUAGGCUCGGCAGGGAGUACAUUUUGGAGCGCUACGCUCCGCCUUAAACCACUAGGAGCAGAGCUCCCCUAUGGGGCGGAGCUCCACGAUAUAGAACGAUUAGUUACCGGAGUGUAACUCCAGUUCUAUGAGUGGAGCGGAGCCCCAUAGGACUUAAGGCCCUGCCGACCCUCUCUAGUCUCACUGAAGAUAAUAUCUCGGGAGGCUGAUUGAGGGGAAGCGUCCCCUCUUAUAGGGACACCUGUGCUCCCAUUGGCUGCAGGUGUGUGCAUAAUUUUGCUUCAGGCUGUUGCUGCCUUAGGGCAGAGGGUAAACCACUAGGAGCAGAGCUCCCCUAUGGGGCUCCGCUCCACUCAUAGAACUGGAGUUACAUUCCGGUAACUAAUCGUUCAAGCAUUCAUGAUAUUACCCUGAAGAAGGCACAGUGAUGCUGAUACGUAUAAGCUCCCUAAAUUACUGGGAGCUUAUACACUGAGUGUACAAAACCUUCCUAAUAUUGAGUUGCACACCGUUUUGCCCUCAGAACAGCCUCAAUUCGUUGGGGCAUGGGCUCUACAAGGUGUCGAAAGUGUUCCACAGGGAUACUGGCCCAUGUUGACUUCCCACAGUUAUGUCAAGUUGGCUGGAUGUCCUUUGGGUGGUGGACCAUUCUUGAUACACACAGGAAACUGUUAAAUGUGAAAAACCCAGCAGCGUUGCAGUUCUUGACAAACUCAAACUGUUGCGCCUGGCACCUACUACCAUACCCUGUUCAAAGGCACGUAAUUAUUUUGUCUUGCCCAUUCACCCUCUGAAUGGCACACAUACAUAAUCCAUGUCUCAAGGCUUAAAACUCCUUCUUUAACCUGUCUUCUCCCCUUCAUCUACACUGAUUGAAGUGGAUUUAACAGGUGACUUCAAUAAGGGAUCAUAGCUUUCAUCUGGAUGCACUUAGUCAGUCUAUGGCAUGGAAAGAGCACGUGUUCCUAAUGUUUUGUACACUCAGUGUGCAACUCUUUAUUUUCAUAGCCUACAGUUUACUUGCCGUUAGUCAGCACCUCUACCAACUUUUUUGUGUAUGCCCCAGCUCAUGCUUUUCACUUGUUAUUACAGCUGGCCAAUGGGAAAGAGAACCAGGCCAUGGGGAAAGAGAACCAGGGUCCAGAUGCCCUCAAGAUGAAAAAGGAAGCUGUGAAGGUUAAACAUCUGACAGUCAAAGCAUUUUCCCAAAUCACUGGUACCUUGCACAGUACCACCAACAAACAGUGUUUCACCACCAGCAGCAGCACUCUGCGUCCCCUGUCUGCAGUAUCGAUUACUACACGUCUCAAAGCGAUCAAAGGUGCAAUAAAGCCUUCUGCGGUUGCCCCAGGUCACCCUGCCCACCUGAAAAUUGUUCCAGCCAGACCACACUCUACUGUCCCUACAAAAACAUGCCCAGGCACCACCAACCAUCCCAGAACCAAGCCCAACCCAGCUGUUAAAGGCAGCAAUACAUGCCCCAACUCCGCCAAACCACUGGCCAACACUGGUAGAACAUAUUCGGCCAACACAACCAGACCACAGCCAAACACUACUGGGAAACCCACCAACACACGCCCCAAUACAGCCAGCACCCGCCCCAGCACAUCUAGCAUUGCGAGAAUGAGUCUUAGUACAGCGGCUAAAACCAAGACAGGCCUCAUGUGUGCUCAGGUGCAGCCUAGAAACACACACCCCAGAGCCACCAUCCCUGCCCCUGCUGCAGCCCCCACCACCUCCUUUGUCCUGAACAGAGCGUGCCCAAGCACCAUCCCAGUUCCAGCUGUGACUCAGAGACUAGUUACUACUCAGAGGAGAACGAAUCCCGUCACUACCAUGAGUAAAACUAACCAGAGGACGGGUGCCUCGGCUGUGGACAAUGGGCAAAGGAGGAGCCAAGCUCUGAGCAGAAUUGACUCUAAACCACUUCCAGGGAGAAUCAGUAAAUCAGCAGGGCUGAGGCAACCUGCCGCUGGGCCUAAACCGACCAUCCAAAGCCCUACUGGUCUACCUGGAUCCAAGACUGCAGCUAUGAAGCCAGGGGAGAAAGGGAAAAACGCAGCCAGAGUUUCGAUCCAAGUGGUUGAGCCUGUGAAGAGGGCUCCACCACAGCACAGGGCCGAGGCUAGAGGAGCAGGAGGGGCCACCACUCGGACAUGUAAGCCUGACUCUCAAGCCUCCACCGGGAUAACAGGGAACCGAUGGCAGGCCAAGGCUCUGAGUAGGGCCAUGCAUGCAGCUGUGGCUAAGAUGGGACAGAAAGGCAGCAGAGAGGAGAACCGAGAGACCGCGACUGACACAAACGUUCCUUCAAUGUCCAUAAACGUUCCUACACCAGCGUGUUGGCCUAACAGGAGCACAGUGAAUGGUGUGUGGAUCCCCCAGACGGUUCCUCGCUCUGCCAGAGAGUUCAGCCACAGCCAGGUGGAGGUGGGGUGGGCGGCUGGUGUUGGCCUGAAGACACCCAGAGACCAGGCCAGGAUCAUGCCACAGACAGAGGGCAGGAAGAAUAUGACUGCAGCUCAGGAGGAAAGGAUGUGAGUUGGUUUAGUUAUUUUAUUGUAUAUUAGAUAAGAAGUAGAGAGGAUCUAUUCUACACUGAACAAAAAUAUAAACGCAACAUGUAAAGUGUUGGUCCCAUGUUUCAUGAGCUGAAAUAAAAUAUCCCAGAAAUUUUCCAUAUGCACAAAAAGCUUAUUUCUCUCAUUUUGUGCAUACAUUUGUUUACCUCCCUAUUAGUGAGCAUUUCUCCUUUGCCAAGAUAAUCCAUCCACCUGACAGGUGUGGCAUAUCAAGAAGCUGAUUAAACGGCAUGCUCAUCACUAGGGCUGUCCCCGACUACAGAAAAUCUUGGUCGACCGAAAGUUGUCUGUUCUUUCGACCAAUCAAUUGAUUUAAAUGUUUAAACGUGUGUUUUUCCAUAUAUACACACACCCUAUGCGUUUUAAAAUCAACUAUAUGCAUUAAGCUUGUCUGAUGCUUUAAGCUUACUGUUUGAUGAAAUAAACACAAAUUACUCAAUAAUGAGCUAGAUAACCAGAAGGAAAAAAAAGUACGGUAACCAUUCUCCUCCCGCUCCUGCUGGCUUUCGCAGAUUCUGUCAUUACUCUCCUGAAGUUGCCGGUAAUAGCCUACAACAAGGAGUCCGCAACCUUUCUCAUGUGAAAUACAUAUUUAUCUUACCAUUUCCACCGAUCUGCGUGCCAGCUAUAGUUUUCAUAUGCACAUUUUCGUAUAACAGGUUAAUUUCAUUUAUAAGAACAUCUAACAUCUUCAUAUCUCAAAAUCAUUGUCAUGUGGUUAACCAAAAUACUAUCCUAAUCUAAAUUUAAAAUGUUACUUUUUGGGUUUGUAACAUCUAUUGCCAUUGACAAUGAUGUAAAAAUAGCCUACAUAAAGCCAUUGCAGCCUUCAGGUAGAAGAAAUCCUGAAAAUGUAAAAAAUUUAAAUACAUUCUUUAAAUCACAUUGUCUACGCAUGGCCUGUCUGCAACGAACUUGAAACAUUGUAUCAACUAUUAACUUGGGUCCGGCCCAGGCUAUUUUGCAAAGGAUAAGAAGCAGUGCUCGUCUUGGGCAGGAGCUCACCGGAGCUGAAUUUUCUACUGCUUGAAUUCCUGUUACUCUUAUAGAAUAUUAGCUCAAAAGUAUUGUGGAGCUCAUGCACCUAAAUAUAAACAGUACCAGCACCCAAAAUGAGUACCGGAACCUAUUUCAGUCCAGGUCAAGCACUGAUGAGAAGUAAUCUGGUAGGCCUAUUUUAUGACAUUUCCACUGGGUCAGAGCAUGACAUUUUUCCCUUUCACUCUGAGUGGUUAUCGAAAAGGAGAGAGCUGGAAAGAUUUUUCAAAUACAUUGAGGAACUAUUGUCAUUCUCAACGGAUGUAAAAACAGACUUCAUUUGCUUGCUGUUUGAGGUGAAGAAAAUAUUACUUUGAGAAGCUCCACAGCUCAUUAGUGGUGGUGCGUUAAGCCAAUCAGAAAUACUAUCAGAUCCCCAAAUGGGCACCUUAUAUGCCAACAUUUGCGCGCAGGCCAGAUAGCCUAUAGGCCUAUAUACUUCUAUGUGUAAUCAAAUCUAAUUUUAUUUGCCACAUGGGCCGAAUAAAACAGGUGUAGACAUUACAGUGAAUUGCUUAUAGUGCAAAUAGUCCGGGUAGCCAUGAUUAGCUGUUCAGGAGUCUUAUGGCUUGGGGGUAGAAGCUGUUGAGAAGCCUUUUGGACCUAGACUUGGCGCUCCAGUACCGCUUGCCGUGCGGUAGCAGAGAGAACAGUCUAUGACCAGGGUGGCUUGAGUCUUUGACAAUUUUUAGGGCCUUCCUCUGACACCGCCUGGUAUAGAGGUCCUGGAUGGCAGGAAGCUUGGCCCCAGUGAUGUACUGGGCCGUACGCACUACCCUCUGUAGUGCCUUGCGGUCAGAGGCCGAGCAGUUGCCAUACCAGGCGGGGAUGCAACCAGUCAGGAUGCUCUCGAUGGUGCAGCUGUAUAACUUUUUGAGGAUCUGAGGACACAUGCCAAAUCUUUUCAGUAUCCUGAGGAGGAAUAGAUUUUGUCGUGCCCUCUUCACGACUAUCUUGGUGUGUUUGGACCAUGAUAGUUCGUUGGUGAUGUGGACACCAAGGAACUUGAAGCUCUCAACCUGUUCCACUACAGCCCCGUCAAUGAGAAUGGGGGCGUGCUCAGUCCUCUUCUUUUUCCUGUAGUCCACAAUCAUCUCCUUUGUCUUGAUCAUGUUGAGGGAGAGGUUGUUAUCCUGGCACCACACGGCCAGGUCUCUGACCACCUCCCUAUAGGCUGUCUCAUUGUUGUCGGUGAUCAGUCCUACCACUGUUGUGUCGUCGGCAAACUUAAUGAUGGUGUUGGAGUCGUGCCUGGCCAUGCAGUCAUGGGUGAACAGGGAGUACAGGAGGGGACUGAGCACGCACCCCUGAGGGGCCCCCGUGUUGAGGAUCAGCGUGGCAGACGUGUUGUUACCUACCCUUACCACCUGGGGGCGGCCCGUCAGGAAGUCCAGGAUCCAGUUGCAGAGGGAGGUGUUUAGUCCCAGGAUCCUUAGCUUAGUGAUGAGCUUUGAGGGCACUAUGGUGUUGUCCUUACUUAUCAGGUGCGCGUCCUUACUCAACAUUGACAGGAGCGCGCCAAACAAAAGACGAUGACUAAAUUGUGGUCGUAAAUGGAAUGAAAUAAACCAAAACUUGUUUCUCACAAGUGUAGCAUAGGUUGUGCGCUCUGCAAACAAUGUGUCUACGCCGACAAUGAAAACGGUAAGACUGAAAUAGUAAUGAAUUGAAUGCAUUAACAGAAAUUACCAUAACCAAACAAACAUUGUAGAUUAGAAAUUAUAGGAAUUAAUGGUAAAUGUACUACUGGUGAUACAGUAUAUGUAAUGGGGUUGUGAUAUACACUAACAAUCAAACGCAAACAAUUCACACAAAGUUAGGAAACAGUGAAUGUGCACAAAUUGGUGGGAGAGAGCGCAUUCUGGAGAGAGAAGUACAUUGUGCAUCUGGGUGCUGCAUGGUCAAUGCGACGUCUGCAUUGGCCAUGCAGCAUUCACUUCUUGGCUUGGCGAAGCAGUGCAGAGCUGUUGUCAAGGAAGUGAGUGUGUUUAUACAGGAUGUACCGCACCCACCUACCGUCAACCAAUCAUGUCAAUGCGGAGCUAUACAGAGCCCUCCGCAUUGUUACAACAUUUGGGAGGCGCAUGGCAAUGUGCUAUGGAGCUCGAUUUGGCCUCUGCAUGCCUCCGGAGGAUCCGUAAUUGCGUCACACCCUCCAUAUGGUGCUCCGACCACAUUUUCGGAUCAAGCAUAAAUUGGCUUUUAGUCUAGGCCUCCGCAAUGGAUUAGUUUACUUAUAUAUAUAUAUAUAUAUAUAUAUAUAUAUAUAUAUAUAUAUAUAUAUAUAUAUAUAUCCAUUUGCUAAAAAAAAAAAAAACAUGCAGUUGGAGGUGGCUUACGGUAGAGAGCUGAACAUUCAAUUAUCUGGCAACAGCUCUGGUGGACAUUCCUGCAGUCAGCAUAUCAAUUGCACACUCCCUCAACUUGAGACAACUGUGGCAUUGGUUGUGUGACAAAGCGGCACAUUUUAGAGUGGCCUUUAAUUGUCCCCAGCACAAGGUGCACCUGUGUAAUGAUCAUGCUCUUUAAUCAGCUUCUUGAUAUGCCACCUGUCAGUUGGAUGGAUUAUCUUGGCAAAGGAGAAAUGCUGACUAAAAGGGAUGUAAACAAAUUUGUGCCCAACAUUUGAGAGAAAUAAACUUUUUGUGCAUAUGGAACAUUUCUGAGAUCUUUUAUUUCAGUUCAUGAAACCAACACUUUUUAUACAAUUUAGUUUCGAUUUAGAAUGACCCAUUUAUCAAAUGGGCAGGGGGAAAAAAAAGACGUCUUCUGUAUGCACUCGAAUAGCGAAUGGAGGCCACGCGCUUUCCUGCCGGUCUGUUUUUCAGUGAUGCGGGGUAGGCUACUUUGGUUUUAUAACUGAGCAUGUGCUUAAUAUGAGCAGCUGAAAGUAAAUGCAGUGCAUUCGGAAAGUAUUCAGACCCCUUCCCUUUUUCCACAUUUUGUUACGUUAAAGCCUUUUUCUAAAAUGGAUUAAAUAAAUAAAAAAUCCUCAUCAAUCUACACACAAUAACCCAUAAUGAAAAAGUGAAAACAGGGUUUUAGACAUUUUUGCAAAUUUAUUACAAAUAAAAACAUACCUUAUUUACAUACGUUUUCAGACCCUUUGCUAUGAGACUUGAAAUUGAGCUCAGGUGCAUCCUGUUUCCAUUGAUCAUCCUUGAGAUGUUUCUACAACUUGAUUGGAGUCCACCUGUGGUAAAUUCAAUUGAUUGGACAUGAUUUGGAAAGGCACACACCUGUUUAUAUAAGGUCCCACAGUUGACAGUGCAUGUCAGAGCAAAAACCAAGCCAUGAGGUUAAAGGAAUUGUCCGUAGAGCUCAGAGUUAGGAUUGUGUCAAGGCACAGAUCUGGGGAAGGGUACCAAAAAAAAUUCUGCAGCAUUGAAGGUCCCCAAGAACACAGUGGCCUCCAUCAUUCUUAAAUGGAAUAAGUUUGGAACCACCAAGACUUUUCAUAGAACUGGCCGCCCGGCCAAAUUUAGCAAUCUGGGGAGAAGGGCCUUGGUCAGGGAGGUGACCAAGAUCCCGAUGGUCACUCUGGCAAAGCUCCAUAGUCCCUCUGUGGAGAUGGGAGAACCUUCCAGAAGGACAACCAUCUCUGCAGCUCUCCACCAAUCAGGCCUUUAUGGUAGAGUGGCCUGACGGAAGCCACUACUCAUUAAAAGGCACAUGACAGCCUGCUUGGAGUUUGGCAAAAGGCACCUCAAGGACUCUCAGAUCAUGAGAAACAAGAUUCUCUGGUCUGAUGAAACCAAGAUUGAACUCUUUGGCCUGAAUGCCAAGCGUCACGUCUGGAAGAAACCUGGCACCAUCCCUACGGUGAAGCAUGGUGGUGGCAGCAUCAGGCUGUGGGGAUGUUUUUCAGUGACAGGGACUGGGAGACUAGUCAGGAUCUAGGGAAAGAUUAACGGAGCAAAGUACAGAGAGAUCCUUGAUGAAAACCUGCUCCUGAGCGCUCAGAUCCUCAGACAAGACAACGACCCUAAGCACACAGCCAAGAAAACGAGGGAGUGGCUUCGGGACAAGUCUCAAUGUCCUUGAGAGGCCAAGCCAGAGCCCGGACUUGAACCCGAUUUGAACAUCUCUGGAGAGACCUGAAAAUAGCUGUGCAGCGAUGCUCCCCAUCCAACCUGACAGAGCUUGAGAUGAUCUGCAGAGAAGAAUGGGAGAAAUUCCCCAAAUACAGGUGUGCCAAGCUUGUAGCGUCAUACCCAAGAAGACUUGAGGCUGUAAUGGCUGCCAAAGGUGCUUCAACAAAGUACUGAGUAAAGGGUCUGAAUACUUAUCUAAAUGUAAUAUUUCACUUUAUUUGUUAUUAAUUUGCAAUUUCAAAAAACAUGUUUUUGCUUUGUCAUUAUUGGGUAUUGUGUGUAGAUGAGGGAAAUAAACAAUCAAAUCAAUUUUAGAAUAAGGCUGUAACGUAACAACAUUUGGAAAAAGUCAAGGGGUCUGAAUACUUUCCGAAUGCACUGUAUAGUCACCAAUACAUCAGAUAAUGAUAGGCUCACCAUUUAGUCAUUUUAACUACCAUUUAAUCCAAUAGCAAAAAAAUAUAAGAUACAAAUUUCAAAACUGUUAUUUUUGAAGUUCUGAAUGGAAAGAAUAGUAGAUAUAUAAAUAUAAUUUUCCAUAGAGUAUUUGACUUUAACUUGCCAUGCACAAUUUUUGAAAAUAAUUUGUGUCCUAUGGCAGUUUGUAAGCAUGUUGAGAAAUAUGUCAGUCUUACAGUUUCAUAAUCCUUAUACACUGAGUGAAAGCAUUCCCAGAAGAGUGGAAGUUGUUAUAGAAGCAAAGGGGGGACCAACUCCAUAUUAAUUCCCAUUAUUUUGGAAUGAGAUGUUCGACUAGCAGGUGUCCACAUACCUUUGGUCAUGUAGUGUAUUUCACUAAACUGUUGACAGCCCCUCUGCGCACUUGAGAAAGGAAUAAAGGAGAGAGAGAGGAGGAGAUGGAAACGCAUGGUGGUGAGAUUCUGUGUAGCUAAAGGUAAUGUCACCCAAUUAAUUAUGAAUAAAUAAAUAAAUCCCUUUUACUAGGCUAUUCAAUUAAAUGCAAAUUCACUAUAAUUGUAGGCUAACUGUAAGCCACCCUGCACAAUCAAUGAACCAACAGCAUCACCUAGGGCUAUAAUACGUUCUCUCCCAGACUCGUGGAUAGACAUUUUAAAGUGUAGCAUAAGGUAACCAGUCCUUUCAGUAUACAUAAUACAGUCCAUACUCAAAGGUAUAACUCAAAUGUUUAAAAUUUAAUUUUUGAGUAUAGGCUAGACCAAUUAUGUACCGAAGACAUCUUAAAUCAGUUUUGUUUUGACUCGAGUGGUGGUAAUACAGUCAACGCAACAGCCCUACCUAUUGGGCAUGUUUGGGAUGCUCUGGAUCAACGUGUACGACAGCGUUUUCCAGUUCCUGCCAAUAUCCAGCAACUUUGCACAGCCAUUGAAGAGGAGUGGGACAACAUUCCACAGGCCACAAUCAACAGCCUGAUCAACUCUAUGCGAAUGAGAUGUGUCGCACUGCAUUAGGCAAAUGGUGGUCACACCAGAUACUGACUGGUUUACUGCUCCACGCCAUUACAAAAAAAAAAGAUAUCUGUGACCAACAGAUGCAUAUCUGUAUUCCCAGUCGUGAAAUCCAUAGAUUAGGGCCUAAUUAAUUAAUUUCAAUUGACUGAUUUUCUUUUAUGAACUGUAACUCAGUAAAAUCUUUGAAAUCGUUGCAUGUUGCAUUUGAUCUUUUUGUUCAGUAUAGAUACAAUAUUUUUGGGAUUUAGCAGACACUCUUAUCCAGAGCGAUUUUAGAGCCUAAACAACAUUUUCAACUCUAGACUGGUUGAAUAAGGCCUUGGCUUACACUUGGCUUCGAUUUGGCAUAUACAGUGCACAUAAAUACUUCUGUUUUGUUUAUUGAAGUAACAAAACAACAUUUGUCAAGAUGUUAUCAUUUAACUUCAUUAAAAUAGUGUAGCACUAGCAUAUGAUUGUGCUGGCUCUUUUCCAUAUUCUUUCCAUCCAGCACCUGAUUAAAUAUAGUGUGUGGUAGACUUUGACUACAAAAAUCUCCUUUACCCAAACAUUUAACUGAACAACCUUAUAUUCCACUCUGUGUGUGUCUCCAGUAAGAAGCUCCAGGAAUGGCGUGAGAACAGGGGCAUCUCCUACAAGCGUCCCCCCAUGCCGGUGAGGCCUCAGGCGCGGCGCACCGUGGCCCUCCCUCAGCCCUACUGGGCUGGUAUGGAGGACGAGUACCUGGAGGCCAAGUCUCUGGUUGGAGCGGUGGACCGGUGCCUGGCUGACUGCAUCAAACUGCUGGAUGAGGUAUGGAGGAGGAGGGUAGCAGACCAACUUCCAGUAACUGGGUCCAUCAGUCUAACCUCUAGUCUAGACUAACUGCCCCUGUAUGACGUAUAUAAUACAUGCCAUUUAGCAGACGCUUUUAUCUAAAAUGAUCUAAGACCAAACCAGCGUGCUCACGCUGUAAAUGUCAACGCCUUCACGUGCAUAUAGUGCAUCAAAUUAUGACGCAAGUCUGUUUUUCUUGUGUCUACAUGGAGCAAUGCUGGUAAAGUAACCUGAUACAUUGACAGAAAAUAGACUGCAUUAUUAACUCGGAAAUUGUGAAAUGUGUAGUUAAAAGGUGUCUAUUUCGUACUGAUAACCUUAACUGCCAGUGCCAACAUUGUGCUUUAUGAUAAAAGGCGUAGCACUAGCAAUGCAUGAAUGCAACGACAUUCUAUACAUUUAUCAACUGGAUUGUUUAAAAAUCAUAUAUCACCUUGUCAAUGUCAUUUUUUUGACAGUAGGCUAUCACCGUUGUAGUUUACAGCCGAUUUAGUAUACGUUUUUCUGAUCAUUCCAAAGUCUGCGGUGUAUGUGCAUGUGUGCUGGAGGCGAGCCUAUCUGACAAAUAGGCUACCUAUUUAUAAACAAUAGCCUACAUGUGUUGAUUUCGAUCAUAGGCAUAUAGCCUGGGUGGCUACAAAUGGAAAACUUGAGGAAUUAAAUAGGCUACUCCGAUUUCAAGCGAUAAUACAACUGUUUAUGGCUUUUCAUGACAAUUACACUGGCAUAGGCUACAUGGCCUAUGCGAAUUAACGCUCGCUACUCUCGCACACAAAUUUCACAUUGUUGACGGACGUCUCAUCUCUGUGAUUUCGGCUUUAGUCAUACGUGCAUACAUUUUUGUAUUAGUGGUUCCAGGUGGAAUCGCCCCCAACACAAGCUCCAUGCUCUACCAAGUACCAACUGAGCCACAGAGGACUAGCCUAAUUUCUCGUCUAGAUCAACUGGAUCACUGACUGUGACGUAGGCUGUAUCAUCCAUAUCGUGUGGUUGAAUUUCCUCUGAUUCAUUGGAAGAUAGGCCUACAAUAUGGUGACUACACUACAGCAGCUGAAUGUAGGCCUAGAUGUUCUUGCACAAUGUGAUUUGGGGUUCCUUGGCUGGUUGCUUUGUGUGUCGUGUGUGAUUUGCCAGAAGCCAUUAAUCCAUCCAACACAGCUAUUAAUCCAACACGUGGUGAAGUGAUUCAUGUAGCUAAUAUUACUUGUGGAGCCUCCCGAGUGACGCAGCGGUCUAAGGCACUGCAUCGCAGUGCUGAGGCGUCAAUACAGCCUCGGGUUCGAUCCCAGGCUGUGUCAGAGCCGGCCGUGACCGGAGAUCCAUGAGGCUGCGCACAAUUGGUCCAGCGUCGUCUUGUUUAGGGGAGGGGCCGGCCGGCCGGGAUUCCCUUGUCUCAUCGUGCUCUAGUGAUUGCUUGUGGCAGGCUGGGCGCCUGCAAGCUGACUUCGGACUGUGUUUUCUCCAACACGUUGGUGCAGCUGGCUUCCGGGUUAAGCGAGCAGUGUGUCAAGAAGCAGUGCGGCUUGGCAGGGUCGUGUUUAGGAGGACGCAUGGCUCUCGACCUUCGCCUCUCCCGAGUCCGUAGGUGAGUUGCAGCGAUGAGACAAGACUGUAACUACCAAUUGGAUACCAUGAAAAGGGGGUAAAAGUUAAAAAAAAUAAACUAAUUAUAUUACUUGUGGAAUUAUGCUGGCCUAAUAAAACGGUCAUGGCUUUGGUCAAAAGUAGUGCACUGUGUAGGGCAGUGGUUCUCCAACCUCUCCUUGGGGACCCCCAGUUGUUUCACAAUUUUGUCGUAGCCCUGAAAUAGCUCACCUGAUUGACCUAGUCAAGGGCUUGAUGAUUAGUUGAAGGUGUGCUAGCUCUGGAAUAGAUCAAAUGCAUGGAACGACUGGGGAUUCCCGAGGUUUGAGAACCACUGAUAUAGGGGAUAGGGGGCCAUUUGUGAUGCAGCCUCUGCCUUCACUACAAGAGCAAGACAUUUGGAGGAAUGGAGUCCUGGGGCCUAAUAUAUAACCGUUGAGUACAUUUUACACUAAAUAUCUGCACGCACAAAAAUAUAGAUAUUUAUCAACUUAGAGCACGCCGUACAUACGCAUGUUUCCCAUUAUAAAUCAGACCUAUCAUAAAACUGUGCGUGCGUGAACAAGCAUUAUAACUCCGCCUGAAAAACGGCCAUCAUUCACCUUUUAUGGUGACAAUAAUGCCCUUAUUUGCUGUAUACUUUGGAAGUAUUGGAAUUAGGCCAAGGCAGUAUCUAAAGGAAAUAGAAAUGGCGAACUUGAUCAAAUAUCUUUGGAGGUGUUGGCAGUGUUUUCUUUUGCUGUAUCUGACUGUUUCUGAAAGACAAAAACAAUUGCAAAUUGUUGUGGACCUGUAAACAGAUCGUUUGAAAUCAGUAAUAGAUGCCUAUUUCUAAUUAUUUUAGAAUGCAAAGAUAAAAUAUAUAGAUUUUCACUCUUCUCGCUAACGGCAAAUGAUUGCAUCUUAUUAUAUUUAGCUACCUGUGUUUUGUUAUGAAGUUCACGUGGUCGCAACAGUAAUUAUAAUGUCCUGUAGCAAUCUUAUAAGGAAGAGAUUGUUGUUCACAGUUCCCACCCCUCUUCUCUGUUGUCCGGUCUCUAUGACCCUGUGGUGGGGAAGGGUCUCGUUCACUACUUCCCACCAAUCCAAAAGCAUUGGAUUGGUGGAGGCAUAGGACAGUGGGAGCACCAUAUUUCUAAACCCCAGUCAUUUCCUUUUAUAUCAGUGAAGGGAAGUGAACAAUCGCAGACUUUGGGAGGAUGGAGAUAUAAUUGCAACAUAGCAGAGAUGUUCAACAUCCCUUCUUUUGGGGUUUGAUCAGUUCUUACACACAUCAUAAACCUUGAGACCAAACAACCAAGUCCGUUGAACCUUCAUAUCUUUCCAGCGUGGCCUGGCUGGCUGGCGGACCCCUUUACUGAAUAGCACAUCUGGUAAUUUGCUGUAGGCAAAUCCAACACAGUUGAUUAACAUAAUAUUUGUGUAAUUUGUAACAGCCUCAUAAAGAUUUGGUAAAGAGUGUGUGUACGUGUAUCUCUGACUGUGUGUAUGUGUCUCUGACUGUGUGUCAACAUCUACCCCCUACAGGGCUGCCUGUCCACCCAGGUGCAGGAGAUGUUGUCCAGGGUGCCCUUGGCGGAGAAGUUCUCUAAGUACUGGAUCUGCCAGGCUCGCCUGAUGGAGCGCCAGGGCAAUCUGGAGGUGCUGCCCCUGUUUGAGGAGGCAGUACGCGUGGUGCUAGAGGUAUAA